AUGUUACCGAGACUUUAUAUUCCAUUCUAUAGUAUUACUCUCUAUUCUGCUGAUCUUUUACGAAUAUCGGCUCAUUCACUUUCAUUAUAUCUUCGCAUGUUUAUUAAUAAUGGAUCAUCACUUCUUCGUCCUGAAUCUAUUAUUCAAAUGCGAACAGUUGUGAGCGGUGUAGUUUCUUAUCGAAAUAUAAACAUAAAUAACAACGCAUCAUCAGUUCUAUCAUUAGAAUUUGGCAUCGCUUGGAAUUGA